AUGGCCAAACAAGAUUCCGUUGGUGUGGCUCCAUGUAGUGUGGAUGUGCGACUGAAUAAGCCACCAAUCGGCCCAAGGGAGUACAUCUACAAUCUAGUGCCUCAACCUCGACCUAAUAUGAUGACCAGGUAUACCUGUCUGCCUAAAAUUCGACAGAAAAAGUAUGAGUUCGUGGAUAACCCUAAAAAAGAGGCGAUGAAAACAAUGGGACCACCAAGUCAAGAUCGACAGUCGAUUCCGAUCUAUCCCGAAAAGCAUGACUAUUUGCGGAAACAAAGCAAAAGACCGUUUAUCAAACCAGUUAAAUUUCAGGCUGUUGUUUGUGAAACAACACAUGAGGAAGAUAAUUUGACAAAAAGGAAAAAUAAGCGUUGCUUGACCGAGGCGAAGGCACCAUUACCUACGAGAAAAGCAAUUGGUGAUGCCUUGGGAGCUCAAGGCAUACCGGUAAAAUGCCUUAAUCCGGAACGUCACAAAGUAAAUUGGAUUACACGAAAUGCCAUUUCAACAAUGACACAGGAACCGGGGUUUCGAGUACCCCUGAGGAAUCGCAACUGCUUGGUGGAUACACGUAAGGGUGACAAAUUUCCCCUGAAAUCUAACAGAACAUUUUCUGGCCUAGAACCCAUUUAUGUGUACAAACAAGGAAUGGGGAAAGUGCCAACUUAUUUAAGCAGACGUGCUAGACUUAUUAAGAAAACGCAAGAUUUACUGACCCAUUACGUAAAUGAGAAAGCACUGCAAAAUACGGACUAUCUUUUAACAGAAGAACAACGGGAAGAAUUAUUAAGUGGACUUAAGGCGGCAUGGGAUCGUUACAAUAGAAAAUAUUUGGGUCUAGCUUCAAUCAACGAUACAAUGAAGGGCAAAACGUACAAACUGUACUUGGAAAAACAAUUGGAUGCCCUCAAAGCGGAUAUUGAUCUGGUUGAGGGCCAUCAAUAUAUUUUUGUCGAGGCGCCCAAAGAUCCCAAUGGUAACCGUACAACCGCUGAAAAAAUUUGUGUGUGA